CCGACUGGAGGAGUGUGUGCGCGCGCGUCCGUGGAAGAGCGACACGAGUGGACUUCACGCGGGGACGGGGGUCUAUGCGCCAAGUGCGUAAAGCUUCGAGACAGAAAAGGAGCACCGUGGAUGGAAAUCAGGAGAACUGAUACAUUUGGGCGUAAAAACUGCUGAGCUCCGCAAGGAAGUUGCCUGAGGCGGACAGGGACCCUGAGGAGUCCGCGGGGGGAGGUCUGGAGAGACGGAGCUCCUCACCCUUCACACACUGUCGGAUAAAUUUGAUUUCCUGAGGCUCUGCUGAAGAUGUGACUUGUGGAUUACAGCAUCAACCAGAACAAGACCUCUACAGUACAUCACUGCCACGUUUUUAGGAAACCAUUCUCUGCACCACACUGCCUAUUCUGGAAUAUGAUUUGCUCAUGGGGCUCGGCUAGCUCCAUCCCCGGGGACCUUUUCCCCUCCCUUUUUGACCAAUAGGAAGACCCUUAGUAAUAUUCAUAAAUACACAUCCUGAGUUUUAGAAUAUCUUUGUAAAGAUCACCUUAGCUGUUGUUUGGUAAUCAUUAGUUGAUCAUGGAACCACAUUGGAGCCCGGCAUCCUCCCUAGGGUCUCCCUCUGUCUUCUUCCUGCUUAUGGCUACUUCCUACACCUGGCUCCUUCCUGUCACCUCCCCUCAACGGAUCCCAAUAGACCCCCAGGCCGCACCUGAGUAUGCCCACUCCAUCCGACUGGAUGGGGACAUCAUCCUCGGUGGAUUAUUUCCUGUGCACUCAAGGGGGGAUCGCGGCACACCCUGCGGGGAGCUGAAAAAGGAAAAGGGCAUCCAUCGUUUGGAGGCCAUGAUGUUCGCCAUUGAUCUGAUCAACAAGGACCCCGAUCUGCUGCCUAACAUCACACUGGGGGCCCGAAUCUUGGAUACCUGCUCCAGGGACACAUACGCACUUGAGCAGUCGCUGACGUUUGUGCAAGCCUUGAUAGAGAGGGAUGGAUCCGACGUUCGCUGCGCUAAUGGAGACCCUCCGAUCUUCACAAAGCCCGAUAAAAUCGUAGGGGUGAUUGGAGCUGCAGCUAGCUCUGUGUCAAUUAUGGUGGCCAACAUCUUGCGCCUGUUUAAGAUCCCCCAGAUCAGCUAUGCCUCGACGGCCCCGGAGCUGAGCGACAACACUCGCUAUGACUUCUUCUCCCGCGUCGUACCUCCGGACUCCUACCAGGCCCAGGCCAUGAUGGACAUCGUCACGGCGAUGGAGUGGAACUACGUGUCCACGCUGGCCUCUGAGGGAAACUACGGAGAGAGCGGCGUGGAGGCGUUUGUCCAGAUCUCCCGAGAAACUGGUGGUGUGUGUAUCGCCCAGUCCUUGAAGAUCCCCAGGGAGCCUAAGCCCGGGGAGUUUGACAAGAUCAUCAGACGCCUGCUAGAAACCUCAAACGCCAGGGCCGUCAUCAUGUUCGCUAAUGAGGAUGACAUACGGAGAGUUCUGGACGCAGCAAAAAAGAACAACCAGACAGGUCACUUCCUGUGGGUGGGCUCAGACAGCUGGGGUUCCAAAAUCUCUCCUGUGAUUGGCCAGGAGAGAGUGGCGGAAGGAGCGAUCACCAUUCUUCCCAAACGAGCAUCGGUGGACGCAUUUGAUCGCUACUUCCGUAGCCGCUCGCUGUCCAACAACAGAAGGAAUGUUUGGUUUGCUGAAUUCUGGGAGGAAAACUUCAACUGUAAACUGGGGAUGCACGGUAAACGGCCUGGAAGCCUGAAGAAAUGCACAGGUUUGGAAAAAGUUGGCCGGGACUCCAGCUACGAGCAAGAGGGGAAGGUUCAGUUUGUGAUGGACGCAGUGUACGCCAUGGCCCACGCCCUGCACCGCAUGCACCGCGAGCUCUGCUACGGAUACCCAGGCCUCUGCCCGCGCAUGGCCAGCAACAUUGACGGGAAAGAGCUGCUCAGCCACAUUCGUGCUGUGAGCUUCAAUGGAAGUGCCGGUACGCCUGUGGUUUUCAACGAGAAUGGAGAUGCUCCAGGUAGAUACGAUAUCUUCCAAUACCAGAUCAACAACAGAUCGACUGCAGAGUACAGAGUCAUUGGCUCCUGGACCAACAAACUACACCUCAAGGUGGAGGCCAUGCGUUGGAAAACAGGUGAUCCGUCUCUCCCACCCUCUGUGUGCAGCAUCCCAUGCCGCACGGGGGAAAGGAAGAAAGUGGUCAAAGGAGUGCCGUGUUGCUGGCACUGCGAGCGAUGUGAAGGGUACCAUUAUCAGGCAUCAGAGUUCACCUGUGAGCUGUGUCCGUACGAGAUGCGACCUGACACCAACCGCACCGGCUGCGUUCCCAUCCCCAUCAUCAAGCUGGAGUGGCACUCCCCCUGGGCCAUCUUCCCCGUCUUCAUCUCCAUGCUGGGCAUCAUCGCCACCUCCUUCGUCAUCGUUACUUUUGUCCGCUACAAUGACACGCCCAUCGUGCGAGCGUCGGGACGGGAGAUGAGCUACGUGCUGCUGACGGGAAUCUUCCUUUGUUAUGCCAUCACGUUCCUGAUGAUUGCGACGCCGGACGUUGGAGUGUGUUCGUUCAGGAGGAUAUUCUUAGGUUUGGGGAUGUGUUUCAGCUACGCAGCGCUGCUCACCAAAACCAACAGGAUACACCGCAUCUUUGAACAAGGGAAGAAGUCUGUAACAGCACCCAGGUUCAUCUCACCGGCCUCCCAGCUCGUCAUCACUUUCUCGCUAAUCUCCGUCCAACUCCUCGGGGUCUUCGUCUGGUUCGCGGUGGACCCUCCUCACACGGUCGUGGACUACGGCGAGCAGCGGACCCAGGACCCCACGUCGGCGCGCGGCGUCCUCAAGUGCGAUAUCUCGGACCUCUCCCUCAUCUGCUCCCUGGGUUACUCCAUCCUGCUGAUGGUGACUUGCACGGUGUAUGCCAUCAAGACGCGAGGGGUGCCCGAGACCUUCAAUGAGGCCAAGCCGAUCGGAUUUACCAUGUACACCACCUGCAUCAUCUGGCUGGCGUUCAUACCCAUCUUCUUUGGCACGUCACAGUCCGCAGAGAGGAUGUAUAUCCAAACUACCACCCUGACCAUCUCUCUCAGCCUGUCUGCCUCCGUGUCUCUGGGGAUGCUCUACAUGCCCAAGGUCUACAUCAUCCUCUUCCACCCGGAACAGAACGUACCCAAACGAAAACGCAGCUUUAAGGCGAUCGUGACAGCUGCCACCAUGUCAGGGAAACUGGCCCAGAAGGGAGGAGACCGACCCAACGGAGAGGUUAAGACCGAGCUGUGUGAGAGCAUGGAGACCAACAGUGACUUCAUCAACUAAGACGACAUAUGUCAGCUACAGCAAUCAUGCCAUUUGAAGGGACCAUGGGAAGGAAGAAGAAGAAAAAGAGAGGGAUUGGACAGAAGAGAGGUCGGGUCUUGGGGCUGUGCAGGAGCUGUCGUUCUUUUGCCCCUCGGCUGGAGAAAACUGGCGGACGGACAGAGCGCCUUACGGAAUCCAAGCAUGAGACAUUUUGUAUUGUUCCGCAUCAAAACCACAGAGAGGCGGGACCACAUAAACAGCCAGUCAGUGUGCCUGCUUUCCCGCUGCUCACAGCUCAUUGGUCCUACCACGAACUUACCUGUUUAAAAAAAAAAAAAAAAAAAAGAGACAACAUGAAAAAAGUGACAUUCCAUGGGACACUGUGGUGGACAGAGUAACUAUCUAAAACCUUAAAAAAAAUAAAAAAAAUAAAAUCCUGAAAAAGACAAAAAAGCUCUCAGAAACCAUGUAGACAUUAUAUCAUAAAGGGCAAAGGUGGGGCCAGGAAAGAGAUUUUAACAGAGUACAUUUUAAAAAGAUAUUUAAAAAGAGAAAUGUAAGAGAAAAUCUAUGAGACUCAAACAUGUUUGUUGUUCUUCUCUAACUGUAAGUAUUUUUGUGGUUGUGACGAUUUUUUCAUUCUUGUCUCACCGUUGUCUGAUGGAUCGCCCUUGCUUAAUGAGAUGAGUGUGUUUCCUCCUGCUGUCUUGGCUAACCGGGUCGUAGCCUUGGGUCGUGAACCUGUAAAAUGCCAUGGUUGAAGCAUGCCAGUUUUUAUACAAAAAGGAGAUUUAUUUAUAAUAAAGGAAUGUUUUGCAAAUGUG